AUGGCAAAACUCAUGUGCUUAUGUUUCAUCAUCCUCACUAUUGCGGUAGCCGUGUCGGCUGAUGAAUGUGAGGGUGACCGACAGGCCAUGAUCAAGGAGUGUGCUAAGUAUCAAAAAUGGCCAGCAAACCUGAAGCUAGAUCCGUCGGACGCAUGCUGCGCCGUGUGGCAGAAGGCAAACAUCCCAUGCCUUUGUGCUGGUGUCACCAAGGAGAAAGAGAAGAUAUGGUGUAUGGAGAAGGUUGCCUAUGUUGCCAAUUUCUGCAAGAAGCCAUUCCCACACGGCUACAAGUGCGGAAGUUACACAUUUCCUCCUCUGGCGUAG